GUAAUAAAUCCGAGAGAUGCUCUGUGCUCACUGGGAGUGAACGGGUGCCCUGGAAGACCCGCCCGCCUCGGAUGUGACGGCAGCCAAUGGUAACGCACCGUGCGCGGUGGAAGAACGGUCACAUCAUCAUCAGCAGUCGUCCUGCUGAGGACUGCCGUGCGGCUCUGCUCCUGUUCGGGCUCCAAGUCUCGAACACCACCUCUUGUUUUUGUGUUGUGUGUGCCAUCGCUUGAACACUAACACAUGACUGGAGAAGUUUACUGAGAAAUUACCAGUUCCAGUUUCACGAGAAGAGCCAAAGACAAGUUGUAUACCCACGAAGAGACAUGUUUUUCAGAAGGAGAAGACGGACUGCCCGGCUGUCUUUGACUUCCAACCAGCGGUAAAGCUACUUUGAUGAGCUAACAAGCUAACUGGGAAUGUUUUCCGAAACUAGCCAGUCAGUUAGCUUGCUAGCUAGCUAACGUAAAUCGGCUGGAGAAAUUCGCCGUAUAGAGGCAGCAAAACGGAUAUAAUGAUACGUUUUAUCUUUCGAUACAUUCAGUUAAAGAACCGAGGCAACGUCGGAGACCGGGUGUGUUGAAUGUUUAGAGCUCCGGUGCCCGCUUGGUAGCCAGUUUCCAGUAACUUAGGGACAAUUGUUAACUGUCCAGGCAACAAGUCUGGCAAACAGUGCUGCUUUACACUCUCAAGUUUUUACUCGUUUUUCGCAGUGUUGUUAUUAGUGGUCGUACGGGUUUGGUAAACCACAAACACACACAAUGUGGUGAAAAUGUACGUUUAGUCCAAAGUAAAGGUGACGUUAUACGAAGGAAAGUAGGCUGCCAAUCAAAUCUGGACACUCUCCCUAUAGGAGAAACUUUUCCCAGGUAAUCGAUAUACUGUUGACGAGGAGACGAGGUGGAUGAACAUUAUCAGUCGCCCACAUGCGUUGGAUCAGUUCCCGGACUUGUGAAAGGCAUCUGAAGCAGAAGGUGGGAGACGUGAGCGCACAAUCCUUGCAGCCCGCGGGAAGAUGGCGGAGCGUUCCCGCAGGAGGUGGUGAAGCCAAAACUUGGGGACUUCUUGGAUUUAUCGCCAGACAUCAAAUCCUAGAUCGUAGUACACAUGCAGGCCAAAAAACGGUACUUAAUUCUGUUCUCCGCCGGUGCUUGUCUCAUUCUGCUGUUUUGUUUUGGGGGGAUACAAGUCCCGCUGUCCAGGCGGAGUCCCAGCCGGCGUGAUGACCGCAGCCUCACAGGUUAUCACCCCGGGGCGCGGUGGCGUCGCUUCCCGGGGGCACUGCAGCCUUACAGCACCUGGGAGCGAGACUGGAGCGACGAUCACAUCGGACACAUAUCUCCGAGGCAGAAGAGGGACGCUAACUCAGGCGUUAACUCUGGAAAACGCUGCAGAAUGGACUCCUGUUUUGAUUUCUCCCGUUGUGAGAGAAAUGGAUUUAAAGUUUACAUCUACCCCCAGCAGAAAGGGGAGAAGAUGUCAGAGAGCUAUCAGAACAUUUUGUCCUCUAUUGAAGGGUCCAGGUUCUUCACACUUGACCCAGGACAGGCAUGUCUGUUUGUCCUGAGUUUGGACACUCUGGACCGGGACCAGCUUUCACCCCAAUAUGUGCACAACCUGAAAGCAAAAAUCCAGAGCCUUCCUCUGUGGAACGGGGGCAAAAACCACAUCAUCUUCAACUUAUACUCUGGCACCUGGCCAGACUACACAGAAGAUCUUGGCUUCGACAUCGGCCUCGCCAUGUUGGCCAAAGCCAGCAUCAGCACGGAGAACUUUCGGCCCAACUUUGAUGUUUCCAUCCCUCUUUUCUCUAAAGACCACCCUAGGACAGGAGGGGAAAGAGGCUACCUGAAACAUAACACCAUUCCCCCUUAUAGGAAAUACAUGCUUGUUUUCAAGGGGAAGAGGUACCUAACUGGAAUAGGUUCAGACACUAGGAAUGCUUUAUAUCAUGUUCAUAACUCAGAGGAUGUAGUCCUCCUCACCACAUGUAAGCAUGGGAAGGACUGGCAGAAGCAUAAGGAUGCACGCUGUGAUAAAGACAACGCGGAAUAUGACAAGUAUGACUACAGAGAGAUGCUGUACAACUCCACGUUCUGUCUGGUGCCUCGAGGACGACGGCUGGGUUCCUUUCGCUUCUUAGAGGCUUUGCAGGCAGGUUGUGUGCCAGUGAUGCUAAGUAAUGGCUGGGAGCUGCCCUUCUCAGAGAUCAUCGACUGGAACACAGCAGCUGUGAUUGGGGAUGAAAGGCUGCUACUCCAGAUCCCCUCAACAGUGCGUUGCAUCCACCAGGAUAAGAUCCUGUCCCUGAGACAGCAGACUCAGUUUCUAUGGGAGGCCUACUUCAACUCUGUGGAGAAGAUAGUACUGACCACGCUGGAGAUCAUCCAGGACCGGGUGCUGCAGCACACCUCAAGGAGUACCCUCAUGUGGAACAGUCUGCCUGGAGGUCUGUUUACCCUGCCACAGUACUCAACAUAUCUGAGAGACUUCCCCUUCUACUACGCUAAGCUGGGUAUCAAGCCAUACUCCAAGUUUACAGCUAUCAUUCAUGUGGUGACCCCACUGGUCUCCCAGUCCCAGCCAGUCAUGAAGCUGCUUGUGGCUGUGGCCAAAUCCCAGUACUGUGCUCAGGUGAUAGUUCUGUGGAACUGUGACAAGCCGCUUCCUGCCAAGCACCGCUGGCCUGCCACCUCAGUCCCUGUCAUUGUUAUAGAAGGAGAAAGCAAGGUAAUAAGCAGUCGCUUUCUGCCCUACGACACCAUCCCCACCGAUGCUGUACUCAGUCUGGAUGAGGACACUGUGCUCUCCACCACAGAGGUGGACUUUGCCUUCACAGUGUGGCAGAGUUUCCCAGACCGCAUUGUUGGUUACCCAGCCCGCAGCCACUUCUGGGACAGCAACAAGGAGCGCUGGGGCUACACUUCCAAAUGGACCAAUGACUACUCAAUGGUGCUGACUGGGGCUGCCAUCUAUCACAAAUACUACCACUACUUGUACACCACAUACCUUCCAGCCAGUCUGAAGACUAUGGUUGACCAGAUGUCAAAUUGCGAGGACAUUCUGAUGAAUUUCCUAGUGUCCUCAGUCUCCAAGCUACCACCCAUCAAGGUCACCCAGAAGAAACAAUACAAAGAGACCAUGAUGGGACAGAGCUCCCGGGCGUCUCGCUGGGCCGACCCGGACCACUUUGCCCAGCGUCAGACCUGCAUGAACAAGUUUGCCAGCUGGUUUGGCACCAUGCCCCUGGUCCAUUCUCAGAUGAGGCUGGACCCAGUCCUGUUUAAAGACCAGGUGUCCAUACUGCGGAAGAAGUACAGGGACAUAGAAAGGCUAUAACCUUCCAGAGCCCCCCCGCUCGUUGGACACAACGAAGAUGGAGCGAGGGGGCGGACACGAAGAGAAACGCAGAGCCUUUCCAUGAUUGCAUGGAUGAUCAAUGGAGAAGCAGUUGGGAUUGGGUACAGGGAGAUUGGAGGAAAAAGAAACUAGAACAAAUGUGGAGGACACAACAUCCGUUGGUCUCCUCUGUUAUGUCCUUCGUACUUCAUUUCUCCUUUCUACCCUUUCUCUUGUGUGUACUGGGGAGGUGGGGGGGGGGGGGUAGCUGAGCACACAGUUCCUACUGUGUACACCAUGACUACCACCCACUGAAGGACACCUGAGGACUUAAAAGUGCUCCACUUUGAACUGAAGUGGCCAAAGUCAUGGAGCUGGAAGUCAUAGCUUGCUGCUUCAGUGUCCCCACAGUGGCAAACCACUCCCAACUCCAACCCGCUGAAAAAGACUGUCUGUACACUAUGCACAGGUUCAUGAAAGUUUUUGCUGACAGGAUAUUAUUGAUAAUUAUGACUAUGAAGAGGAUAACACUAUUUUGGAUGUGUUUAGCUAUUUUUUUUAUAUGGUGAAUGAAUGGCCAGCACUACACUCUCUGUAAUGUCUUAAUUAAAAACAAAUAGCAGGAAUGACAACCCCUCAACCACA